GCUCCCCCGCGAUCUCAAACAUAUAAAAUUAGGAGGGAAUCAACUGUCAUCCCCAAUUUUGUUCACUUCAAAUUCCAAUUCUUUUAUUCAUAAUUGUUUCAAUCGUUGUUUUUUUCCUUAAUUUUUUUUUAUUUUAUGAAAGACUCGAUUUUUUCUUUGGCAAACAGAAAUAAGAAGAGAAUCCCAAUUUUCCUCACAAAAAACCCAAAACCCUAAAAAAGUCAGCAUUCAUCUUAUUCUUCGGAAAGAAUCUAUUUUUUCUUUGACAAACAGAAAUAAGGAGAGACUUCAAGAGAAUCCCAAUUUCCCUCAAAAAACCCAAAACCUAAAAAUCAGCAUUCAUCUUAUUCUUAUGAAAGACUUGAUUUUUUAUUUGCCAAACAGAAAUAAGAAGAGAAUCGAAGAGAAUCCCAAUUUUCCUCACAAAAAACCCAAAACCCUACAAAAAUCAGCAUUCAUCGAACUCAACACCUUCGAUUUCCCUCUGCUUUCUCCCUCCACCGGUUUGCCUAUUGUCUUGCUCCGCCUCGAACCGGACCGGCCCUACACCAUCGGUCGAGACAAUGCUUCCUGCGACUUCACGUUCGGCAAUCGGUUCGUAAGUAAACAACAUUGCCAGAUUUUAUAUGACAGCGUUGACCGUAAAAUUUUUAUUCUCGAUGGAGCAAUUUUUUCGGAUGAUUUUGGUUUUAUUGUUAGGGAAUUUCGGAGAAGAUUUUCGUUGUCUGAUGAUAAAUUGGAAGAGAAAGAGAAAGAGGUUUUAGGGUUUUCUAGUGUUAGGGUUUCUUUGAAUGGGGUUUAUGUGAAUGGGGUAAGGGUUAAAAGGGGUAUGGUUGGGGAAUUGUUUGCUGGUGAUGAGGUUUUACUUGUUUGUGGGAAUGAAAAUGACUGUAGUUUACUUGUUCGAGUUGGGUUUGUGAUUCAAGGAAUUGUGUUUAAGGAGGAAAUGGUUUCUGAGUUGGAUGAGGUUACUGGUGUGAGGCCUUGGUCGCUUGGCACAAUGCUUUCAUCAAGAAAUUCCCAAGGAACGGUGUCAAGUGGGAAGAGGAACAAAAGGGUUUUUGCUAUCCCAGCUAAUGAGAUGACCAUAGGUUGUGACUUCUCUGAAUUGAAAUCUGGUGAUUUAAUGGGGAGAGCCAAGUUUAUUUUAAGUCAGUGCCGGAGUAUAUUGCACAGUGAUGACCCCAUAUCUUGCAUUAGGCAAUUUGAUAAUUUAGCUUCUGGACACCACAGAUUUCUGGGGUUGACAGUAAGUAAUAGGAUGAAAUUUGCAAUGGGCAGUGACGAAGAGGUGAGUAGCAUCUUUCCUCUUUGCAGGCAAGAACCACAAUCAUCUGAUAAAAAGGACAACCCUAUGCAGCCCAGUUCAUUUAGAAAAGUGGCAACUUCAGAGGCAAACGACAGCUUAAUUGGAGAUCUUUUACCUAGUGAUCUUCCAUGUGGAAAGGGCACUGUUCAAGGCAGUGGUGAGGAUGCUACGGCCAUUGACAUGCCUGGGAUGUCAUUAUUAAAUUAUGCUGAGAAGGAAAAUGCUCCUGACAUUGAAGGUGUUGGGACAAGCAAGAUUACUACAAACUCUUGUUCAGCACCUGGGAAGAUGUUUUACCUCAAUCGCCUUGCUUAUUUGGACUGUGAUUCAUCAACUCACCCUGUUAUUUCCUUGCAAGAACUUCUGUAUCCCGUUGAAAGCAUUUCACAGAUAUUCAUUGCUACAUUUACAAGUGACAUUUUAUGGUUUGUAUUGCACUGUGAAAUUCCUUGCCAUCUGCCUGUAACAGUUGCUUGUCAUAAUGCUGAGAGAUGUUGGAGCUCAAGCUCUGAUGCAAGAAGCUCCAUGCCUUUCCCUGAUUAUCCAAACUUGGUUGUAGUGUUUCCCCCAUUCCCUGAUGUUAUUGCUUUUGGUAAUAACCCCAAGAAACGAGGAAUUGCUUGCCAUCACCCAAAAUUGCUUGUGUUGCAAAGAGACGAUAGUAUCCGUAUCGUCAUUACUUCUGCUAAUUUAGUUGCAAAACAGUGGGAGAGUGUGACCAACACCAUUUGGUGGCAAGAUUUUCCUCGCAGAAAGGAACCUGAUUAUUUGUCUCUUUUUUCACUUUCUCAUGGAGAGAUGAUUCAAGAUUCAAGAUCUGACUUCGCUGCUCAGCUAGCUGGCUUUAUGGCAUCUCUUAUUGUUGAUGUACCUAGUCAGGCACACUGGAUUAUUGAGUUGACCAAGUAUGACUUUACCAGUGCUAUGGGACACCUGGUAGCUUCCUUACCUGGAAUACAUUCUGACAGAGCACUGAAGGCCAAUCAGUUUAUGCCCUCAUCAUUUGAUGUGAAAUUCCUUGGUCUGGUUGAAACAUCUGUGGUUGGUUUGAGUCACCUUUUUCGUACUGCAGCAGACAGAAAUGGUGUACAACUUAAGAAACUGGCAUUAUUUCUUGGCAAAACUUGUGAAAAUGCAAAUGGGAUGUUGAAUGUUAUUCUGAGAAGAAACAAAAAUAACCCUGUGGAUGAGAAUGCUGUGAGCGUUCAUGUUGCUAACCCUGAUAAACUCUCUGAACGAGAUCACAUUCAACUUGGUUUUCUUCCUAGAAAUGUUGCAAAAUGGGUUUCUCCUUUAUGGGAUAUGGGAUUCUUUGAAUUCCAUGGAUAUGUAUAUCAUGAAGAAGCCCUUAAAGCUUCUUUUGAGGGGAACAACAAGAAAGUACGGUUGAUACUGCAUGUGUCACAGGGUCCAAGUUUCUUAGAUAUGUCAAAAACGAUGCAAGCCGAAAACAUUGCUGCAUUAUGCUCUCUCAUUGCUGCAGUUCAGAGGUGUACAGGCCUCUGGCGACUUCAAGAGGUUUUAGGUCGAUACAAGUGGCCUGAGUCACAAGAAUCUGACUUUGUUUAUGGUGCAUCCUCAAUUGGCUCAUCUGUCGGUGCACAGUUUCUAGCUGCUUUUGCAGCAUCUGUUGGAAAGAAGUCAUCACAGAUUUUUGAUUCAGAGGAGUCUGAUCCGGAGUGGGGAUGCUGGACUGCUAGUCAAGAAUUGAGAAAUCCAUCCAUUAGAAUUAUUUUUCCUACUAUCGAGCAGGUGAAAAAUGCAUGUAAUGGCAUCUCUCCUUCAAGGAGAAUUCUUUGCUUUGCGGAGAAAACAUGGCAAAGGUUGAGAAAUUUGGACAUCCUUCACAAUGCAAUUCCUUCUCCCUGCAAUAGAGUAGGACAUCCAAUGCAUGUUAAGGUUGCACGGAGGCGCUUCUGGUCCAAGGCAGGUUCAUCUUCAUUUGGUUGGGUUUACUGUGGGUCUCAUAAUUUUAGUGCAGCUGCCUGGGGAAGGCCUAUUUCCAGUUCAGUUGGGAUAAAACCAAGUAGACUUAAUGAAACCAACUCUUUUAUGAGGCUUCACAUCUGUAACUAUGAACUUGGGAUCAUUUUUGUGUUUCCUCCAAUGGAGACAAAGUGCAUUGCUAAUCAAAGUAGCCCAAAGUUGGAUGAUAUUGCCUUGCCAUUUGUUAUGCCUGCACCAAAAUAUGGGCCAAGGGACAGACCAGCAACAGCACAGGCUAUGAGGGAGGCAUUAACUGAACUUUCACAACGUGAGACAAAGAGCCUUGUAGAAGUAGAAAAUACAGAAAAUAUGAUGGAAGAGGUCCCAGAUGAAGACGAGGAGGUAAGUGAGUCAACUAAUUAUAUUGCAGAGGAGAAAGAAGAGGAUAAAACUUACGCUGAGAAGCUCUGGAGCCAGGCUGACUCUUCUUAGAGUUGUUGAUCUAGCAUCUGCACCUAAUUUUUAGCCUGUAAUAGACUUUAUGGUGGAUUUUCUUUGAUCGAUGUAGGUAACUUGAAGCCUGAAAUGGAGACAUCCAGCUAUGAGAUCCCUUUAUUAUUAUUAUUUUGGCCAAGAGGUCCCUUUAGUUUAAUUCUUUAUGUAUCAUAUAUGCUGUUCAUUCACUAAACACCAACUAUGCCUUUAGUUCAUUUCUUGGCUUAACAGAGAACGUGUGCAAUAGACUGCUUAAUUCAUGCAAUGAAUUGGCUUCACUCAAACAGUUACUCUUCACAUGCUGCUUCAGGCAUUAUCAAUUAGCUUUCAUUUGGGUGCCCAAAUUAUCAUCAAAUUUGGAGACCACGACAUGCUUGCUCGGUGUUCGAUGCCAUCCACGGUGACAAACCCAAUUCCCUUCUUUGGAAUACAAUGAUUCGGGCAUAUGCAAAUGGUGGUUGCCACGUUUAAACAUUGGAGUUGUAUUCUUUUAUGCCUGAAACUGGUAUUUCCCCUAAUAACUACACUUUCCCUUUUGUGCUGAAAGCAUGUGCUUUGAAAUCAUUGAUUAUUGAGGGGAAAGUUCGUCAUGAGGAUGCUACAAGGAUUGGGUUUGAUUUGGAUUUGUAUGUUGAGGCUGCUUUAGUUGACAUGCAUGCAAAAGGGGACAAACUAUUGAGGGUUUUAAGAUAUUUGAUAAAAUGCCAAUGAGGGAUCUUGUUUGCUGGACUGCCUUGAUCACGACCUAUGAACAAGCUGAACAGUCCCAUAAGGCACAUCUGUUCCAAAAAAUGCAACUUGAUGACUGUUUUGGCAGAUACCAUGGCCAUUGUAAGUGAUGCCUCUGCUGUUGGUCAGUUGGGGCAUACGAUGAGAGCUAAAAUAAUUCAUGCUUGCGCCAUUUGUAAUAGGUUUUUGGAGGAUAUGUCUAUUGGGAAUGCAAUUAUUGCCGUGUUACUUUUUGAGGGGUUGCUGGAUUCUGGCUGUAAGCCUAACCCAGUUACGGUGUUGAUCAUGGUAUCUACCUGUGCAUAUUUGGGCUUUCAACAUCUGGGAAGGAAACUCCAUGAUUUUAUGAUUGAUUAAAAGAUUAAAAUUGAUUCAACUCUUCGUAAUGCCCUAGUAGAUAUUUUUGCUAAAUGUGGGGAUUUAGACACUGCUACCAGGAUUUUUAAUGAUAUCCAUACGAGGGAAAGGAAUACCACUUCAUGAAAUGUGCUGGAUGUGGCAUGCAUGGAUAUGGGAAAGAAGCAUUGAACCUUUUCUCACAAAUGCAACGGGCAGGCAUUAAGCCAGACCAUAUUACUUUUUAAGUUUUACCUCUCUCCUUUCUGCCUGUAGUCGUGCAGAUCUUAUUGAUGAGGGUAGGAAAUGUUUUGCAGAUAUUAAAAAGCACUCUGUUACACCCCAGGCAAAACACUAUGCUUGCAAGGGUUGCAUGGUUGUCAUGCCAGGCAGAGCUGGACUCCUGCAUGAAGCUUUUGAUAUGGUUCAACAGAUGCCAAUAACACAAACUGAUGGUGCUUGGGAGGCUUUGCUUUUGGCUUGCAGAAUCCCUGGGGAUACUGAAUUGGAAGAAAUUGCAGCAAGAAGCUUAUUCGAACCUGAACCAGAGCAUGCUGGAUACUAUGUGCUAAUGUCAAACUUAUAUGCGGCUUCUAACAGAUGGAAAGAAGUGGGGAAGUUGAAGCAAGACAUGAAGGAUAGGGGAUUGAGAAAGCCUUCAGCAUUCAGUGUGAUUGAGUUUGGUAAAGAGGCUCAUGGCUUCCAUACAGCUGAUCGAGUGAACCCAUACCUGCAGGAGCUUUAUAGGAAGUAAAGAGCCUGAGAAAUGAGAUUAAGAUGGUAGGAUAUAUGCCAAACCUUUCAUGUGUCCUCGUGAUAUGGGAGAGGAAGACAAGGAGCACAGUUUAAAUUAUCACAGUGAAAAGCUUGCUGUCGCCUUCGGAAUCAUGAAGAUUGAUCCAGAAAUAUCAAUUCAGGUUACAGAUUAUCUGCAUAUUUGCAAUAAUCGCCACUCAGCAUUCAAAUUUGUCUCUUAUGUUUAUGGGCGGAAGGUUUGUUGUUAGAGAUGCAAAUCAGCUCCGUCACUUUCAAGAUGGAACCUGCUCAUGCAAUGAUUAUUGGUAGCCGCCGAAGCUGAACCUUGUAUCUCAGUUUUCUAUAGGAUGUUUGUACAAUAAAUCAUGCCAGACAAAUUUUGAUUCUUAACCUUCUUUUAGAAGUUGUAUUUUAAGAGAAUUUGAUGAGG